AAACAGUUGGGGUUUUUUUGGUUGAGUGUAAGAAAGAAGGAAGAGAAGGGGAAGAGAGAGAGAGAGAGAUUUCUGUUUUUUUUUGGCUUUCUCUCUCUUAGUUUUUUUUGUUGCUUAUUGUGUUCUGCUUUCUCUCUCUAGAGAGGAAGACAUAGACACACACAGAGACACCCAUUUGAUCGGAUUACAAUUGGUUGUUUGGGUUGUUUGGGUUGUUGGCCGUACGUUAAAUGGAGCGGGGCCCAGAGUCCGAUCCGCAACCGGAAUGGACAGCUCCGGGACCCGAAACGGGGCUCGAAGAGCCGGUUUGGCGGUUGGGAUUAGGAGGUGGCCCGGAAUCGUACCCGGAGCGACCCGAAGAAGCUGAUUGUAUUUACUAUUUGAGGACUGGGUUUUGCGGUUACGGCUCAAGGUGUCGAUUCAAUCAUCCACGUGACCGUGCCGCGGUUAUGGGAGCUGGAAGAGGUGGUGUGGGGGAGUAUCCGGAGAGAGUGGGCCAGCCAGUUUGUCAGUAUUAUAUGAGGACAGGGACAUGUAAAUUUGGUGUUUCCUGUAAGUACCAUCAUCCCAAGCAGGGAGGUGGUUCUGUUAGCCCUGUGCUACUAAAUUAUUAUGGAUACCCGUUACGUCCGGGUGAAAAGGAGUGUUCUUACUAUGUGAAGACGGGGCAGUGUAAGUUUGGUGCAUCAUGUAAAUUCCAUCAUCCUGCACCACCUGCUGCACAGGUUCCAGCACCAUCUCCAGCUCCUCCAGUUGCAUCUGUACCAACACCAGUUCCUGCACCUGCGUUAUAUUCCACAGUGCAGUCCCCAUCUGGCCCUUCCUCUCAACAAUAUGGAGUUGUAAUGGCAAGGCCUCCCCUGAUGCCAGGCUCAUAUAUGCAAAGCCCCUAUGGUCCCUUGCUGCUUCCCCCAGGCAUGGUUUCUGUUCCAAGUUGGAAUCCCUAUAUGGCACCUGUCAGCCCUGGUACUCAACCCACUGUUGGAUCAAGCUCAAUUUUUGGGGUAACUCCAUUAUCUCCUUCAGCACCUGCCUAUACUGGACCUUAUCAACCUGUACCUACUAGUGUUGGUCCUUCAAGUAGUAGUCAGAAGGAGCAGUCAUUUCCAGAGAGACCUGGCCAACCAGAAUGUCAGUAUUAUAUGAAAACAGGUGAUUGUAAAUUUGGUUCCUCCUGUAGAUAUCAUCAUCCACCAGAAGUGAUUGCACCAAAGCCAGAUGUCAUCCUCGGCCCUCUUGGUCUUCCUCUUCGUCCAGGUGCACCACCUUGCUCUCAUUAUUCACAACGUGGAGUCUGCAAGUUUGGAGCUGCUUGCAAAUUUGAUCAUCCUACGGGAACCUUAAGUUAUAGUCCAUCUGCAUCUUCCCUUGCUGAUAUGCCUGUUGCACCCUAUCCUGUUGGAUCUACAAUUGGUACUCUAGCUCCAUCAUCCUCAUCUUCGGAGUUACGACCAGAUCUUAUUUCGGGGUCCAGCAAGGACCCUGCUACAGCUGUAAUGUCUUCAUCAGUGAGCACAUUGAGUGAAUCAGUUGGUUCAGUUUUCUCUGAAGGUGCACCUAUUCCUCAGUCAAGCAUACAACAGUCUAGUCAGAGUUCUUCCUCUUCUACUGGCAGUGGCAGCAGCAGCACUGAGGGGCGCACUUCAAGCUAAGACAAGAGAAGCAACUGCCUCAAUCCCCUUUUUUUGAUCAAGGUCAUGAACCAAAACAUUAUUUUUUGUGCAAGUCUUCAAAAAUAGGAGGCUUCAUUUCUUUAUUAUCAUGGUUCCACGAUUCGGGUCUAGCACACAGCAGUUCUGAUCAUCUCUGUGUUCAUAUAAUCUUCAUAGGGCCAUCUCUUCCAUCUUCAAUAAGCCCAUGGCCAAACCCUAAAAAGUUUAGCAAACCCCAUACACCUUGCUUUUGAAUAACCAUUGAAGAACCUGCAGUUACACAAGGGAGAUCUGUGUCAACCCAUCCAAUUUUUGGAGUCUGUUGCGUUUGUUUAUGGUCUGAUCUUUUUCCGAAACAAAAGAUCGGUCCCACAGCAUUCUUCCUUUUUACAUCAACUGUGUGUUCAUGUCCAUCAUUCUUAGAUUUUUGUUUUCAAUUUGGGAACAAAUUUCCAAUUCAACCUUAGAAAGGAACUUGAAGGCGUUCUUGUUCCCCCACUUUUUUUAUCAGGGGUUGUUGUGAAGAAGAGAAGUAAUCAAAGAGAACUCCAAGGAGGCAUCAAAAUGUGACUAUAUGUGGGAUUAGAUACAUAAUUAUGUUGUGACAAUGGAAAUGCUUGACAACGUUCGAUAAAUUUAUUAUGAUAUACGAAUAUAUGAGAAUUACUCCUGACUGUAAUAAAUGUCCAUGGUCACUUCAAUUUCAUUAUCA